UUUACCCAGAACACCAUAUCGGACAGAGAAAAGUUUGGAAGAUCUGAAAUUAACUGAAGGAGACAACUGUACGACCCCGGGUCGCCCUGGUCGAGGCGGCGAAGAGGAAGAGGAGGAGAAGAGGAGCUCCGUUUGUGAUGGCAUGAAGGAAAAGGUCUUCAUGAUUUUCAUUAGCUGGGUCAUCAUAACGAUCAUUCUCCUCUACGUGUGCUACGUGUACGCCAGGCAGGGCAGAUGCUGGUCGUCCCGUGAAGGAACCAUCGCGCAGGAGAAUGAAGACACGAGUGAGUGCAAGUACUCAGUGUUCGUCGUCCAUUCCUCACAUGACCGUGAGAUAGUUCGAAAUAAGAUCAUCAUACCUCUUUUCCAACGCGGGUACAGUGUCGCCUGGCACGAGAAUGUGUUCGUGCCCGGCGCUUGGAUAUUGGAGAACAUCGAGCGAGCGGUCAGGAAUUCGCAAAGCAUGGUGGUCUUCGCUACUGACAAUUUGGCAGCAAGCAGGUGUUCUCUCCAAGAGAUUCGUCGCGGGCGCUACGAGGAAAUGGACCGAGAGGGAUUCAGGAUUAUGGCUUUGGUCACAGAAACGCUUCCCAGGGCGCUGAAAAAGGAACUCUACGAGAUCGUCGCGCUCCGCACGCACAUCCAGUACAGCGACAGAGACUACAUCGAGAAGAUCUGCAACUUUCUGCCCCCCCCGCGGCCGGUUCCGCUGCAGGACGCGUCCCUUCCGAACGCCUUCAGCAUCCGGUCGCAACUGGAUCGCUUUGAUGAGAUGCGGAGAGAAAACAGGAACCAGAGUAUGUCUAAUGUCGUGCACUUGCAUCGGGACAAUGAAGCUUUUGUCAUCGACCAGUACACCGCGUCCAUCACUAGUGGAACGUGGAAGGCCCCCUGGCCAUCGAUGUCGGAAGAGGAGAUGCAUCAGAUGCUUUCAAGGUACUUGAAGAGCCCAGAGAUGCCCGCGGAGUGCUACGCGGAAACAAGGAGUCUGAACUACGUGUUAUUGGAGCAGGACAACGAGGAUGAAAGUUCAGCCUGCAUGGACGUUUUCUCCAGGCUCUCCGUCACGAGGACUACCUGUCGGUUUUGAGAGGGAGAGGGAUAGGGAUUAGGAUUGGGAGGGAGAGGG